AUGCUGCGUUCGCUGCUGACGCUGCUCGUUUUGUCGCGUGCCUUGGCACACCCGCGGCGACUGGGGAAGACGCCCUCCUUCGACUCCAGCAGUGCCAGGGAGACGCCAACGAACUUCAGCAUGGUCUCCCGCGUCUACAUUCCCUACAACACCUCGGAUCAGGCGUUGGCAUUCGGCAUGGGUGCGGCCGAGCAGGUCGCCUACGACCACGUGCAGAAGUAUGCUUACGCCGUCUCUGAGCAGGGAGUGCUCAAUGUCAUCGACUGGAACGACGUGGCCAAUCCCCAGGUUCUGUCCAACUAUGCCUUUGACUUCAACGGCGCCAAGCUCACGGACAUCGAGAUCUGCUCCUCGCAGGGGGUGAUGUUCGUGGGCGCCGGUGCUGCAGACACCGUGAGCAAUGGCCAGGUCCAUAUCCUGUCAACAGUCCAGCGAAGCUCGCCGGCAAAGCCCACGAGCUACGGCACGCUCGCCACGGGGCCGCUGCCAGACAUGAUCUUGCCCAACAGUGACUGCAGCAAGCUGGCCGUGGCAAACGAAGGCGAGGGGGAGUACGAGAGCGAGUUGGUCGAUCCGCAGGGCAGCGUCAUGAUCAUCGAAGCCGCCGAUUGGACCAAUCCCACCGCUGCUGUCACCAAGUCUGUCAGCCUGGCCGGCUACACUGACAGCCAGCUGAUGGACAUGGGCGUGCACCUGCCAUUGCCCCUGGAUGCCAUGGUGUACUUUGAUGACCAUUCCAAGUGGAAGGAUGAUCUCAACUUUUCCGCUGCCCGGGCCUCCUACUCCUCUGCCAUGAACCUGGAGCCGGAGUACCUCUCCUGGUCGGCCGACGACUCCACGCUCUUCGUGAAUCUGCAGGAGAACAAUGCUGUCGCCAUCAUCGACGUGCCGGCAACAGGGUCCCCAACGCUCAGCACGAUCUCAGGCCUCGGCUUGAAGGACCAUGGCAGCGUUCCCAUCGAUAUCAACGCCGACGACAAGGCCUGCGUCCAAGCCACGUACACUGGCCUCAUGGCGCUCCGCCAUCCCGAUGCCAUUCAGGCCGUGGAAGUGGACGGCAAGACUUACGUCAUCACCGCCAACGAGGGUGACGACAAGGGCUACGGCGACUUCGACGAGAAGAUGAAGCUUAAGGAUGUCGUGAACGACGACGGAACCGUGGACGGUGACAUGGUUGGCAUGACGGUCAGCGCGAGCGCGCGCAGCACCGCGAUGGCCGUCAGCGCUGUCGGGGACAGCUUGAGGAUCACCGUUGGCUCUACGGCCAUCAACUACACGGACCCGUCGGCUCCGGAGAUUCAGCACAUCGUGGCCUUCGGUGGCCGUGGUGUAUCCAUCUAUGAGCACGGCACAUCCGGCCUGGCGCUCACCUGGGAUUCUGGUGAUCAGGUCGAGAAGGAGCAGUGUGCCCACUACCCCUGGGCGCACAACGCCAUCCAGGAUGAGGAGUUUUCUCCCGUGAACGGCCACCUCUACAUGGCGGCGGGAUCUAAGCUCCGUGAGACCUUGGAUGAGAUGAAUGACCCCAGCAAGGACGGCUGCGCAGAUGGCGGCGACGGCAAGGCAGGUGCGUGCCCUCUCGGUCAGAUGGUGGAUGACCGCUCUGCAAAGGAUGGUCCCGGCGUGGAGGCCAUCGUAGCAGGCAAGGCCUGCGGCUCUCUCCUGGCGGUGACCGCCACAGAGAAGCAGGGCACAGCCUUCGUCUACGACAUCUCCAACAUCGCCUCGCCCACGCUGCUCUUCGUGAAGCAUCUUUCUCCGGCUUCCGAGACCAAGAACCCUGGCGUGGCCUACGCCGACGGUACCCUGGGCGAGAUCGAUCCCGAAGCCAUGAUCUUUCUCGAGGAUGCACACUCCCCUUCGGGCAAGGCUGGUGUGAUGUUCGCAG